AUUAACAGGUUAUUUGCAUUAAGAAAUUUAUAAAUAAAUAUGUGACAUCGUUUACAUAUUUUCGUCAAUCUUUCUGUUAAUGUUCUUCAGUACUGCUAGUUCUUCGCAUAAAUGUUAAAUUUUAUUUGCCUGUUAAAUUGUCACAAACGGUAGGCAACACUAACGUGUAUACGAAAUGCAAAGCUCUUCAUGUAUACAAACACCAAUGGAACAUAGUUUUCAAUACUGUGACAUAUCGGCACCACACCAAUAAAUGAGGCAGCUUAAUAUCCAGUAUUAAAGCGCAUUAUGUUAACCAGCGUAUCACAAGAGUUUCGAAAGUUUUCUCGCCACUGUUACACGUUACGAAUGAUACUGAAGGACACGUCUCGUUCCUUGGAGGACAUUCAGUGUAACUUGUCUUUAGGAGAAGAAUUUAGGGAAAAUUUUCGAAAGGAAAACGUCAUCGGCCGUCUGCAACACAUGUUAGAAGAGUGCUUACCUGCUGUACUCGUUUUUGGACAAAGUUGUCACGUGAAAGCCACUUUUAUUAAUUACAUGUUGGACCAAACAAUAUUACCUUUGAACAGUAGCGGAUGGAGAUGGGUGAGAUUAUCGUACGGACACACAAAAGAAAUACGGCUCACUUUAAUGCACGAAUACGAAAUUUUGGAUAAUCUUCAAGCACAUCAGAGACCAUGGGUAACAGUACCCGAAAGUGACUUAAAACGUACCGAGCAAGAAUCAACUGCCGAUUCGUGCCAAGCUUUAGAAAUUAAACUAAAUAGUGCAUUUCUUAAAGAUAAAGUGAAUAUUCUCGUUCCACCCGAUUAUCCAUCCGAGUGUCUAUCAGAUACUUUGAAAGAUCUUAUCCAUAUUUUACCUGUGAUAAUUUAUGUUGUAGAUGAAUCUCUUAACGAUUGUCAUAUUCAAGAAAUACGUAUUAUAAAAGAAGCAUAUCAGGAUCUUCCAAUUUUGUUUAUAAACAUGACAAAAAAUGGCAUUGAAACACUAUCACCGCCCGAACAACCCAUUUUACGUGCAUUGCCUCAUUUAAAAAAUGACAAAUUCAGCAAAAAAUAUAUACUCUUAAAAAAUCAACUUAUUAAUUUAGGUUUUAUACGCGAUAAUGUAAUGAACGGAGGUGAAUUUACUCAACCGUUCUGUACAGAAUAUAACAAUAUGUUAUCGAACGAUUACGAAUUCAAUGACAAGUUUGUGAUAUUCGUUCGUCACACCUUCAAAUCGUAUCUUUUAAAUAUGUCUUCUAAAUUAAGUAUGAUUCACAAUGAGUGUCUUAAAAAUUUUAUACUACGGACUUUCGACAUGGCCCGAGAAAUUCAAAUAACACCUCAAAGAAUCAAGUAUGCGCAAAUUACAGAGGCUGGAUUAUAUCGAGCUUUAAUGGAGAUUGCGGGGAAAAAGCAGGAAGAGUUAGUUCGAAUAAUUCAGUCUACUCUACAUGAUAUGAAAUUAAAUGCUAAGCAAAUAUUGGAAGAUUACUAUUGUGAAGAGAUGGACGGCAAUAAUUCGCACCAAUCAUUCACAAAACCAGUUUCAACGGAAAUUCAGCAGAUCAUUUUAAAUAAAUUGGGAAACGCGGUGGCCAUCCAAUUAGUGCAGUCGGUCGGCUGUCUACAUGAGAACUUCACAGGAACUUUGCAGCGAUGCUUAGAAAAUCUGGAAAAAAAUUGUAAAGACCAAGAUGGCAAUGUACUGGCAUCCGACGCUGUUAAAAAAAUUAUAACUGCAGCUUAUAGUAUUGAGCUCAAAUCGUCUUCGUCUUUCUCGAUCGCGCAUUCGUUUAUGGAAAGGUUGCGCAAUUUUAUACAUAGCUUUCAACUACCGUGGGUGGCUCAUUCUCAACAGCAAUACGACUUUAGCUGGCGAUUGCAGACAGUCACAAAUAUGCUGGAUUCGUUGAGCUCGUCGAAGUUAGCAAAAACGGUUUCGGCACAAUUUCAGGAGGUUGUUAGAUCGUCACACGAAGCAUUUCAGGCAGCUAUGAGGUCAUUGGAACAUCAACUCUCUGGCAAAUUAGAGCGUAUGGAAGAGCAACGAAUAGCCAUAAGAAAGCAGUACGCGCCGCGUUUCGCCCGACUCGCUUUAGAAAGCACGUCGCUUUGUGACCUUGUGCAAUGGGGAAUGCCAAUACAAAGCAAAGAAAUAGGAAGGGGACAAUACGGAGUUGUGUUUGCUUGCGAACCGUGGGGCGGCAUAGAUCCGUGUGCAGUUAAAUCAGUUGUGCCUCCCGAUGAUCGGCAUUGGAACGAUUUAGCAAUGGAAUUUUAUCAUACCAGAACAAUAGCUGAACAUCCACGCAUUGUAAAAUUACGAGGUUCUGUAAUCGAUCAUCAAUACGGCGGAGGUUUUUCAGCGGCAGUGCUGCUAGUCAUGGAACGCAUGAAUAGAGAUCUGUACUGUGGAUUGAGGAAUGGUUUAUCGUGGUUGAUACGACUUCAGAUUGCCAUUGAUGUUAUUGAAGGAAUAAGAUAUCUACAUUCGCAAGGUUUAGUUCAUCGUGAUAUAAAACUGAAAAACGUUUUGCUGGAUAACAACAACCGCGCUAAAUUGACUGAUUUUGGAUUCUGCAUACCAGAAGCCAUGAUGUCAGGUAGCAUUGUAGGUACACCGGUACACAUGGCCCCUGAGUUGUUAUCGGGACAUUACGACUCCAGUGUUGAUGUGUACGCUUUUGGAAUACUAUUCUGGUACAUUUGUGCAAAUCAAGUUCGAUUGCCGUAUGUUUUUGAGCAAUUUCUUAACAAGGAACAGCUGUGGACAAGUGUUAGGAGAGGUCUUCGUCCAGAAUGUUUACCUAUCUUUUCUAAGGGGUGUUGGAAUUUGAUGGAACGAUGUUGGGCGGCCGAUCCGGAAGAUCGUCCGCCGUUAGGUGAAGUACAGCCUAUACUAGAAGCUAUCUGGUACAAAGCUACCAUGGAUACAUCAAUAGGAAAGGUACACACAAAAAAUAAUUGCCCUUCUAUUUCUAGAAACGAUAAUGAUUUUGUGGAAAAUUACGAGUACUCUCAAAAUCCCUAUGUUUAUUUGAGGGAAUAUUGAUUGUUGAUAAUGUUACGCAAUUGUUAUAAAACAGAAUCUAUGAAACUUUUCAUUUACAGUGUUCUUGUAUACUGAUUUUUGUUUUAUUCCUUA